AUGCCGCGGAUGCGUUUCGGUGAAGAUAAAAAUCACUCAGUUUACUUGAAAGUCUGGGACGGGACGGGAUCCAUACCACACCUUCAAUACAACGACCCCGCGAACAAAAAGAUCCACAUCCACCAUCAACAAGGCAGCGAGACGACAACCAUUGGAGGUUGGAAAGGAAGAGAAAGAGAAGUUUUGUGUGCCAGCAGACUAAAUUGCUCCGACCCGGUCGCGGCUGUCAAUCCCUCCCGGAUUCGCACUGGAAUCUGGUCCAUCGCGGCGGGGCCGGGACUGGAUCAGCUCCAGGAAGGAAUGUCAGAUUUCCGCCUUCUCCGUCUGUAUGAGAGUGGAGCCCGAGGGAUGGAGCCCGACUGGACUGGGCAACCACUAAAUGUAGCUAGAUGCCCGUGGGGGACAAGGCAACCUGGUUACAGACUGGAUGCCAUUGGCACCACAUUGAUAACUAACCCAUUGAGUCCGUAUCGAGAAGGGAUGAAUGAUAAAAGUCCAGACAAAACAAAUGCCCCAGCCAACUCCACGCGCUUUAAUGACAGUCACGCUUGUAGAUGA